GGAAUGAGCGUACUUAGAAUUACUCCUUCAAUUCACAGUUCUGUUUCAUCUCGACUGUUGAGGCUUAGCAUCUUUCUACUACUUAGCCUUCCUGACUCAAAAGGAAAAGCCAUUUGGACAGCCCACCUGAAUAUAACGUUUCAGGUGGGAAAUCAGAUUAUAUCAGAAUUAGGAGAGAGUGGAGUGUUCGGGAAUCAUUCUCCUCUGGAAAGAGUGUCUGGUGUGGUGGUACUUCCUGAAGGAUGGAAUCAGAACGCUUGUAAUCCUAUGACCAAUUUCAGCAGGCCUGAGCGAGCAGACUCUUGGCUGGCCCUCAUUGAACGGGGAGGCUGUACUUUCACACACAAAAUCAACGUGGCAGCAGAGAAGGGAGCAAAUGGGGUGAUCAUCUAUAACUAUCCAGGUACGGGCAACAAAGUAUUUCCCAUGUCUCACCAGGGAACGGAAAAUAUGGUCGCAGUGAUGAUAGGCAACCUGAAAGGCAUGGAACUUUUGCACUUGAUUCAGAAAGGAUUCUAUGUGACGAUCAUCAUUGAAGUGGGGAGAAUGCACAUGCCCUGGCUGAGCCAUUAUGUCAUGUCUCUGUUUACCUUUCUGGCUGCCACAGUGGCCUACCUGUUCCUGUACUGUGCCUGGAGACCUCGAGUGCGCAAUUCUUCCACCAGGAGGCGAAGACAGAUAAAGGCAGAUGUGAAGAAAGCUAUUGGGCAGCUUCAACUGCAAGUGCUCAAAGAAGGGGAUAAGGAACUAGAUCCAGAUGAAAACAAUUGUGUUGUUUGCUUUGACAUAUACAAGCCUCAAGAUGUAGUACGUAUUUUAACUUGCAAACAUUUUUUCCAUAAGGCAUGCAUUGACCCCUGGCUUUUAGCCCAUAGGACAUGCCCCAUGUGCAAGUGUGACAUUCUGAAAACUUAA